AUGCGCAUCGCCUCAUACGGCCUUCUUGCGGCUGCGGUCGGGAGCGCUGCAGCCCUGCCAUUGGAGUCACGGCAGGCCAGCGGCAAUGGCACAAUCCAGUGUGCUCCGAUCCCCUCUCCGCCCCCAACAUGGCAACAGCUUCCUCAGCAGUCGUCGCUCCCCGACCCGUUCUUACCGCUCCGGUACACGACGACAGACAAUGCGGGCGGCUCGUCGACGUUUGCCAGGGACGUGAUGACGGGCAAGGGCAAGAACAGGGUGCAGACGCGCGAGGAGUGGUACCAGUGCCGCCAGCCCGAGAUUGUGCGUAUGCUGCAGGAGUAUCAGUACGGCUACUACCCGGAUCACAGCCAGGAGAAAGUGGAGGCCACGCGCAGCGGCAACACGCUCAACAUCGCCGUGACGGCCGGCGGCAAGACGGGCAGGUUCAGAGCCACCAUCACGCUGCCCUCGGGUGCGUCGGCAGCCAAACCGGCACCGGUGGUGAUCAACAUUGGCGGUAUGCAGAACCAGCCGUACCUUGGCGCGGGCAUUGCCAUCGCGCAGUUUGACUAUACCUCGGUGGCGCCCGACAGCAACUCGAAGAGCGGGGCUUUCUGGAGUAUCUAUAACGGUCAGGACAUCGGCGUCCUAACGGCCUGGGCCUGGGGUUUCCACCGCACGCUGGACGCAAUCAACAUGACGGUGCCCGAGAUCGACUCCAACCGUGUCGGUGUCACUGGCUGUUCACGGCUGGGCAAGGCGGCGCUCGCCGCAGGACUCUUUGACUCCCGGAUCACGCUGACGAUGCCCAUGUCGUCUGGAGUGCAAGGGCUGGGGCCGUACCGCUACUACACCAUGAGCGGGCAGGGCGAGAACCUCGAGAACAGCAAGUCCGGCGCCGGAUGGUGGAGCAACAGCAAGCUGGGCACGUUCGUCAACCACGCCGAGAACCUCCCCUACGACGCGCACACCAUUGCUGCUGCUAUCGCACCGCGCGCGCUGGUUAUUGACCAGGGCACGGGGGACCAGUUUGUUAAUAGUAAGGGCACGGCCACGGUCAUCUACCCUGCUGCGAAGCUGGUGUAUGACUGGCUGGGAGCGGGGGAUAGGAUUGCUAUAAGCGUGCGCAGCGGGGGACAUUGCGAUAUGAGCGGCUUCACGUCCAUCUUGCCGUAUGUGCAAAAGAUCUUCUUUGGGACGCCGACAACCAAGGACUACAAUAGUCUAGGCACGUAUGGGUCGCCGGUGACGACUGCGUUUCCUUGGGGGACAGCGGUGCCCAAGGCGACAUGA